AUGUUUACCCCGUCUGUUGAAGUGCAGAGGGUCCGUCCACCUGCCCAUCGGCCGUCAGAGUCGGGGGGCAGUGCAGGGGAUGGAGCAUGUAACAAAGGAUGUGAUACACGAUACAUUGACACCCUUGAUGUUGCGAAACCGCGACAUGCAGCUGCCGACUGA